AUGGAGAACGGAAAAGACUCGGACGUCUCACUAGUGGGAGUAGAGGAGGAGACGAAUCCACAAGAAGAUGCAGGGACUAAAGAAGGUGCUGAAUCGUCGAUUGCUCCAAUGAAGAGCGAGUCGCCGCAGUGCACCGAGCAGGAUGCAAAUACCAACGGUGGGUCAAAGGUCAAAAGGCCAGCUCAGUGGAGCACAGUAAAACACAGCACGCGGACCUGCAUUCAAGCCACAGGAGUAUCUUUCGUAUGUGCUUUUGUAUCUGUCUUCUCAGAUCCAGCCUGUCCAGCCCUCUCCGAUCUUGUUGAUGCCAGCCUUCUUGCACACUUGAAGGAAAUGGGUUUCAGCGAGGCGCGAGCUGGGCGGGCGUUGCUUGCGACCCGGGGGGGUCCCGCCACUUUGGAGACGGCUUUGUCUUGGAUUGAAGAGCACGAGGGUGACUCUGACAUCGAUGAUCCACUGACUCCAGAAGAGCUCGCUACCCACAAACCGGCAAAAAAGACACCUCUGUCGGAGGAGGAGGCGCAGCGAAUGGCGUACGAACUCCAGAAGAAACUCAGAGAAGAGCGGCUGAAGCGGGAGAAGCAAGAGGCUAUUGAAAAGGAACGGUUAAGACUACAGCAGUCCCGGGCCAUACUGGAGCAGCAGUCCAAGCUGGAAGAAGAGGCCAGGAAACGAGCCCUUUGCCAGCUGCAGAGAGAGAAAGAGGAGGCCAAGAAAGAGCGCGAACGCCAAAGAGAACUUCUACGUCAAGACUACAGAGACAGAUUUGGCUGCGAGAUGCCUGAUGAUCCUUCCCAGGCCGACGUUGAGGAGCGGGUGUCGAAAAUGAGCGGCAAGGAUAAAGUAGCUUUCUUUAGCAAUGCUCUGUUCAAAAGGUAUAGGAAAGACGAGCCACAGAAGCUUCUGGUCUGUUUGACAACAUUGCGCCUCUACGUUAUGAACGCGAAAGAGCACCCUACAGAUGUCAAGUACCAUCGCAUCAGAAAAGAGAACGCGGCGUUCAAGUCCCGCGUCAUGGUGUGUGAAGGAUCGCUGGAACUUCUUGAGGCGUGUGGCUUCAAAGAUAGGGGCGAGACGUUGGCCAUUGAAGGGCAACCAGAUGGUUUCAUUCUGGCCCAGGCAGUAAAGUUCCUAGAUUUGCUGAUUGGACAGUUGAGAGGAUGA